AUUCGGUUCAACUUGUCUACACAUCUAUCGCUCUAAAUUAAAACAAAGCACCAUUUUGCCGCUCUUUAUCUCUGCGCUUUUGCCCCAUCGUAUACUUCCCUGAGAAGCCCACACAUAAAAAACCAGUUAAUUUCAAGCAAAAAUCAGCGGUAGAAAUGGAAAUGUGAAAGCAAAUUAACUGGUAGAACAUCGACAAGCUCUGCGAAAGAGACGUUCAUGGCUUCCAGCCCCACUUUUCUGCACGCGGACUAUGAUGAUGAUAUGGAUUGGGAUGCAGCUGUGAAGGAGAUUGAUAAGGCGUGCGAGGCAGUUGCUGCUGGGAAAUUGCCCGCCUCCGUUUCUAAUCUUAAUUCUAAUUUCAACUGCAAUCAUCCCCAAAAUUGUUCGGGACCUUCUGAGGAAUUGCAGAGAAAGGGGAAAAUUGAUGUUAAUUAUAGUUCAUUGUCUUCCACUAGACAGUCUACAUUAGAUAAUUUUAUUGGGGUUUCCUCCGGAAAUUCGAAGAAGUUUUUGGGAAAGGUCGAAUCUUCGAAUGGGUUGGCUAGGAAUAAUGGUAGUGGUGGUUAUGCUGUUUGUGAGAAUGGUGGCGGUGUUGCUGAGUGUGAGUAUGCUGAAAUGGUUAAUAGAUGCGUGGCAAUUGAUCCUGAAGCUGCCAAGACAUGGAUUUAUCCAGUGAAUAUCCCUCGUCGUGAUUAUCAAUUCUCCAUCACAAAGACCGCACUAUUUUCCAACACAUUAGUUGUCUUGCCAACAGGACUUGGAAAAACUCUUAUUGCUGCAGUUGUCAUGUAUAAUUAUUUUAGGUGGUUUCCUGAAGGAAAAAUUGUUUUUGCUGCUCCUUCUCGUCCACUUGUCCUGCAACAGAUAGAAGCUUGCCAUAAUAUAGUUGGAAUUCCUCAAGAGUGGACCAUUGAUCUUACUGGCCAAACAAAUCCCAAGAGAAGAGCCGAUUUAUGGAAAGACAGACGAGUUUUCUUUGUUACUCCACAAGUUCUGGAGAAGGAUAUACAUUCUGGUUCAUGUUUAGUGAAGCAUCUUGUAUGCUUGGUGGUUGAUGAGGCACAUCGUGCUACAGGAAACUAUUCCUAUUGUGUAGCCGUCCGUGAGCUGAUGGAUGUUCCCGUUGAACUAAGAAUAUUAGCAUUGACCGCAACACCAGGAUCCAAACACCUGACAAUUCAAAAUGUGAUUGACAAUCUUUGUAUAUCAACACUUGAGUAUCGUAGCGAAAGUGAUCCUGAUGUCCUUCCUUAUGUGAAUGACCGAAAGAUGGAGCUAAUUCAGGUUGCUAUGGGUAACGAGGCUGUUGAAGUAGAUAAUCUGAUUAUGGAAGUUGCCCGCCCUUUUAUUGCCCGUCUUAGUGCGUAUGGAGUGAUGCAGAAGAGAGAUUUCCAGACAUUUAGCCCCCCUGAACUGCUUAAUUCAAGGGACAAAUUUCGUGAUGUACCCCCACAAGACAUUCCGGUUACGAAGUAUGGAGAAGUUGAAGGUUAUUUUGGGGUUCUUCUAACAUUGUGCCACGUAAGGAGAUUGCUUUCGAGCCAUGGGAUAAGACCUGCAUUUGAGAUGCUUGAGGAAAAACUGAAACAAGGGUCUUUCGCAAGGUUGGUCAGUAGAAAUGAGAUUCUCCUGAAAGCAAAACUCUUAAUGCAGCAAACUAUUUCCCAUGGCGCCCCCAGUCCCAAACUGGCAAAAAUGUUGGAAGUACUUACUGACCAUUUCAAAGCAAAUGAUCCGAGAAGCUCCAGGGUCAUCAUCUUUUCGAAUUUUAGGGGCAGUGUCAGGGACAUUCUCAAUGCACUCACAAACAUCGGGGAGUUUGUUAAAGCUACCGAGUUCAUUGGACAAAGCUCAGGAAUAAACUCAAAGGGGCAAUCACAAAAGGUUCAACAGGCGGUUUUACAGAAAUUUCGAACAGGUGGCUACAACGUGAUAGUUUCAACAUCAAUUGGUGAAGAAGGCCUUGAUAUCAUGGAGGUCGAUCUCGUCAUAUGCUUUGACGCUAAUAUCUCGCCUUUGAGAAUGAUUCAACGUAUGGGGAGGACUGGAAGGAAGCACAAAGGACGUGUUGAUAUCCUUUUUUCCCCUGUCUCUGGAUGUUCUGAUUCUUUUGACUUUUUUUAUAAGCAUAUUUGUAGAAAUAUUACCAUUGCCCCUUAUAUUGGAGACUCAACAGACUUAAGAUUGUUUAAUAUUAUUCAGUAUGGAUGCACUUCCUUAGCUAGCUUACUAGUUUUAGCAUGUGAAGGGUCAGAGAUGAAGGGCUACAUGCGAAAGCAAGCAAAGGGAAACACUAUUAAGAAACACAUGAACAAUGGUGGAAGGAGUAGCUUUAAUUUCCAUCCAAGUCCAAGAAUGGUCCCACAUGUUUUCCGACCAGAAGUGCAAUAUCUUGAGAUGUCAAUUGAAAAAUUCAUCCCUCGUGGGAAGAAAAUCAGAGAUUGUGACCCGGUCCCGAUGUCGCCAUACAAGAACAGGUUAACCGAUGCUGAGUCGAGUCUACUUUCCAAGUAUUUUGCCCCUGGUUUGGAAAGUUCAUGGAGACCUUCUCUCAUUGCCUUUCCGCACUUCCAAGCAUUUCCAUCCCCUGUGGACAAAAUCGUCCAUUCAUCUAGAACAGGGAUGCUAAUAGAUACAAUGCAGCUUUUGCAAGGGGUUCCAUGUUCUAAAGAUGACAAAGCUCUUAUUUCUGAGGAUGAAGAUAUUAUAGAUCCUUUCUUCAGGGUUGAAGCAGAGGAGUCUCGUGAAAAAUUGAUGGAAGAGAAGUCGGCUGAUCUUGCUGAUGCGGAAUUGAAAAAGGAAGUAGAAGAUGAUGUAGAAGUUGAAGGUUUUGCAAAAGAUACGUGUAUUAAAGACUUUAAAAAACUUGAGCUUUGUGUGCAUAAACCUCUUUUUGGUUCAGAGUUCGUAUCAGUCGAUGAUGCUGGAAAUGUUUUGGUUUCAUCACUACCCCAAUUGCCCCUCAGUUCCAUUGGUAAACAUACUGAAAAUAGUAACAGUAUUGCUUUUGUGUGCCAUUCAAAGCGUUAUCAAAGUCGUGAUGAAAGAAUUGUGCAAAAGGAUGAAUUGUUUUUUGGGGAAGACGAAAUUCUUGUGUCCCCAGUUUCGAGCAGAAAGCCAAACGAGAUGGAAAUGUCUGAUGACGAUCAUAAUUUGGUGCAUGAGCCGAGUGGUGAUUUUAGAGAUUUUGAACUUAGUCCGAGACUGACUAACUUCAUCGAAAGCGGCGUUGUUCCAGAAUCUCCUGUGAUUAGUACUGGAACUCAAAAUCACGAUGAAAAGAUGAUUGAAGAUGGCGGCCCGGGUAAAAUGGACGUCCAAUUGCCGAGUGAUAUUAAUAAUGACAUGCAAACGCCUGUACUACACAAAUCUAGCUCGCCAAGUGUCCGCACGUCACCCGUUCAAUUUGGCUUAGAAAAGCAAUCUCCUUUUGCUACAGUAUCAAGCACUAGCGGUAGCAAAGAAUGGCUUUUGGAUUCUGAAGUGAAACCUCAGUCAGUCGAGCAGCCACGCAAGUUGAGAAGAUUGCGGAAGCUUGGAGAUCACGAGUUGAAAUUUCCUUUGCGAUCUGAGGAACAAACGGACCUGAAAAGAAAACUUCAAACUUCAAAGGGGGUUGACAAACAAGUGCCAACUAAGCUUGUCAAAGGUAAGAAGAAGAGAGCAACAGAUGCUGCUGUAUAUAUUGAAGAGGAAGCAGAAGUAUCAUCAGAGAGUGCGGCAUCUGACAAUGAGGAGGACGAGCAAGAUGACAGUUCAUAUGAAGACAGCUUCAUAGACGAUGGUGUGAACAUGACAUCUGUUAGCACACAGGCCGGUACCAGUAGGCCUGACAUGAUGGGAAUUUACAGGCGGUCAUUGCUCAGUCAAUCUCCAUUUCAGAUGCUGCCGACAAGCUAUAGUCCCGACUCUGUGGUCCCAAAUGGCCGAUUGGACGAAAAUGGAAGCUCAUCGGGCCAAAAAGACGAAACUACCCCUCAGACGGGCUUACAGUCAACAGCCAGGAUAGCAUGUAACGAGAACAACGGGACAUCACUGGAUAGCCGGAAGAGGAAACUGAGCCAUUACCAGGUUCAGUCAGUGCCUGUGGUCAACUUAGACACAGAGUUCUCAACAUUAUCCAAAAAUGAAGGAAAAGAAAACUCAUCCAUGCAGAUUCAGAAAGUGAACAGAACAGAGGAUAAUAAUAAUAAUAUAGAUAUAUUCGACGAUGAUGGAUUUUACGAUGGUCUGGAUCUUGAUGCGAUUGAAGCCGAAGCUGCUAAAUUGCUUGGCUUCAAAUCUGAGUGUUUGAAUCCGAAAGCAAAAACAGUCAAUACUGUAGAAGUAGAACAUAAUCUUGCUGCUCUGGGGUCUCCCUCAUUCGAUCUUGGCAUUUGAACUUUUUUUAUUUAUUUUUUUUUUCCUUUUGUUUUUGGUCGUAAAUUAUGAGGUUAUGAUUCAUUUUGUUGAAUGUAUUUAUUGUCAGUAAGGCUUAGGGAGUUGUAGUGGUUUUGUAAAUAGAAUCCAAGAUGUUUUCUGUAUAUGGGAAUAGGCAUUAUCAAAGAUCUUUUGGUUCCAUUUAUGAUAAAAUCUUCAAUGUUAC